GCGGGAGGCUGCCCAGGAGCCGCUGCCUCUGGCCAUCGCCUUGUGCCAGCUGACAAACUGCUGAAUUUAGCUUAGUGAAGGUCACCAACUGAGCGCAGUUAAGCUUCUAAUGGUUAUUUUCUGUUGAUGUUGCUGGCAUGGAAAGCACCCUGGAAGAAUGCAAUUCAAGAUUACGUCUCGUGUCGGGAGAAAUGGACAGCAGCAGUUUCAUUCAGUUUGAUGUGCCUGAACACAGCAGCACGGUUCUGAGCCAACUAAACGAGCUCCGCCUGCAAGGGAAGCUAUGCGACAUCAUCGUCCACAUUCAGGGUCAGCCCUUCCGAGCCCACAAAGCCGUCCUCGCAGCCAGUUCCCCGUAUUUCCGGGACCAUUCAGCACUGAGCACUAUGAGUGGCUUGUCGAUCUCUGUGAUUAAGAACCCCAGCGUGUUUGAGCAGUUGCUCUCCUUCUGUUAUACUGGAAGGAUGUCCUUGCAGCUGAAGGAUGUUGUCAGUUUUCUGACCGCAGCCAGCUUUCUUCAGAUGCAGUGUGUCAUUGACAAGUGCACACAGAUCCUAGAGAGCAUCCACUCAAAGAUCAGCGUGGGAGACGUUGACUCUGUUACCAUUGGUGCUGAAGAGAAUCCUGAGAGCCGAAAUGGGGUGAAAGAUGGGAGCUUCUUCACCAAUCCCGUUGAGAUCUCCCCUCCGUACUGCCCUCAGGUACGGCAGCCUCCGGUCAGCAGUGAGCUCCGCAUGGAGACAACCCCCAACAAAGCCCUUCGGAGCCGCUUGCAGGAAGAGGGGCACUCAGAUCGGGGGAGCAGUGGGAGUGUGUCUGAGUAUGAGAUUCAGAUCGAAGGGGACCACGAGCAAGGGGACUUGUUGGUGAGAGAGAGCCAGAUCACCGAGGUGAAAGUGAAGAUGGAGAAGUCUGACCGGCCCAGCUGCUCCGACAGCUCUUCCCUGGGUGAUGACGGCUACCAUACUGAGAUGGUUGAUGGGGAACAAGUUGUGGCCGUGAAUGUGGGCGCCUAUGGCUCUGUGCUCCAGCACGCGUCGUACCCCUACUCCCAGACGGCGUCACAGCCUUCCAGUGUGCCAGAAGCUUUUGGAGGUCAGACCAAUUCCAGUCCAUCCAGGUCCAUGCUGAGCUGCUUCCGAGGCCGUGGGGCCCGUCAGAAGCGGGCUCUGUCUGUUCACCUGCACAGUGACCUGCAGGGAGUAGUGCAGGGGUCUGACGGUGAAGCCAUGAUGAACAAUCCCGGUUAUGAGAGCAGUCCCCGGGAGAGGAGUGCCAGAGGUUACUGGUACCCAUACAAUGAGAGGUUGAUCUGUAUUUACUGUGGGAAGUCCUUUAACCAGAAGGGAAGCCUCGACAGGCACAUGCGGCUGCAUAUGGGGAUCACCCCCUUUGUGUGUAAGUUCUGUGGGAAGAAGUACACACGCAAGGACCAGCUGGAGUAUCACAUCCGGGGCCACACUGAUGACAAACCAUUCCGAUGCGAGGUCUGUGGGAAGUGCUUUCCAUUCCAGGGUACCCUCAACCAGCACCUGCGGAAAAACCACCCAGGGGUCACCGAAGGCAGGGGUCGCAUGGAGUCCCCUGAAAGAACAGACAUGUAUGUGGAACAGAAACUUGAAAGUGAUGCAUCAGCCUCAGAGAUGGCGUUAGAUUCCCGCCUGGAAAUGCACACAGUGUCAGAUGCGCCUGACUAAGGAGCAGCUGCACAGAGCACAGGAAUCAGUGCGUCCUUGGUCCUUGGGAUCUGCUUGGUUGUGAUCUUUGCUUUUCCCCACCACCUGGACAUCUCUUGGUUUUUUUGUUUUUUUUUUUUUGCCAGUUUCUCUGAAGGUUCUGGGUGGGGGACUUCUUGUGUUUACCCUUCCCUCUACUCCCCUCCCCCAAGGAGCUCAAAGCAUGAAGGGCAGCAUAUCCAGGGAAAACACAGGCUGACAGUAUUCCUUUUUGGCUAAAUGCUUCUUCCAGCUCUGCCAGUGAUUCAGCUAUGCCAACUGGUUGAGCUCACGUUCUCUGCUAAGAGGCAGCACUCACUGUGGGUGCUAGCCCCAGUGCAGUUUCAUGGUGAGAGGCUAGGAUGCUGUCAGCUGGUACAAAUGGGUAAUCUUUUUCUAAUUUAAAAUUACUUUUAGGGGGUAGUUAAACAAUUUAUAUAUAUAUAAUAAAGUGGUUAUUAUAUAUAGUAUAUAUACAUUCUCAAAUUUGAGUUUAUUCUGGUUGAGGUGAAUGUAAGAGGAAUAUAUAAUUUAAUACAAUGUGAACAGAGCUCUGGCUUUGUUUCAGCCCCGCCUACUAUGUUAGUUUUAACCCUUCAUUUUCCUUACAGAAGAAUGUCAGCAGACUUUUAUAUAUAGUAAUCAUUGUGUCCAAAUGCAAGCAAAGCAAAUCACAGUGUUCGUAGCUCUGCUUCCUAACAAACACAUAAACCAAAUGCCAUAAGGUUCCUUCAACUGUAUGGGAAACCAUUUUGGAGUUUUUGUUUGUUGUCCAGGUAACACUGGACAGCCUGCGGUGCUGACCUUUCUACACAGUGUAGUGUUACACUAGCCGACCCCAAAGGAGCAGUGGUUUUCAAGGUUUUUACUGGCUUACAACUCUACCUUCAUUCUGUACUGUAGAAUCAUACAUACCAGGUAACUAAAUCGUUCCACCUUGAGUUAGUACUCCGACUAAAGGACAGGAAUUUGUAGAGCUUGUCUACAAAAUUCUCCAAGCAGUGUUGUAGUUUUGUUAUUUUCUUUUUUUUCUCUCAAACAGCCAGUUCAGGUGCACAGCAACUUUUUUCUAUGCAGUUCCCAGGGAAACUGCAGAACUUGGAAUUUGUACUUUUUGUAAAGCUAUAUACUCUACGGGAAUUGCAAGCAAUAUAUCUCUCUUGGUAUUGUGUGCUAAUGAGAGCCCCAGAGGUUCCCCACUCUCAGUGUUUCCUGCUUCAAGAAAAAAGUCAGAACUCUCUCUAAGAUCCUCUGUGUGUCACCAGAUCUGUGUGUGUCUCACCGUGUUUGGUCAUGUGGUGCUAUUUUUAUGUUAACUAUCUUUUAGGUCAGUAUCGGUCUAGAAAAUGUGAAACCUACCAGUAGUAAUGAUUUAGUUACUUUCCUCUCAAGUUCACAGCUUGAAAAGAAACCUCAAAAGCAUGUGCUGGCAAACUGUUUGCCGUCUCAGUUGUGUUUGGUCAGUGCUUUGGAGAAGGUCUCUGUUUGCUGUUAGAUUCAUAUACACCAACAGGCGUCACAAAUGGCUCUGGUGCUGUGGGCUCAGGCAGAGAAGGCAGCUUAGUCAUGCAGCUGGCUGCCGGGGACAGCAGCGCUCUAGUCUCUGCCUGAGAACCUGAGCCUGAGACAUGGACUCAAACCAACAGACCCAGAAUCUGAGGACCAACCCCAAGGCUAGGAGCUAAGGAAUACAGAAAUAGAAGUUUGCUGGUCUGCCAUGCUUUUGUGGCUCUUAAGAUACCAAGAACAAUGGGUUUGGGGGGGAAACUUCUAGGUUUGUUUGUUUGUUUUGAGAAAAAGUUUGACCCCAGCCCUUGUGUGUAGCAGCCCUGGUGGCGGCUCAGUAGCACCUCCUUAGCACACAGGAUCUGCUCACAUGUGAACUCGCCUCACCUCAGUGUUAACUCCUGUAGAUGACUAAUCCCGCUGCUCCCGGAGCAGCUCUUGCUAAUCGGGUAUACGGUAUGCCUUUUCCUCGUCAAACUGCCUAAGUCGGGGUCUCUUCUUUCCCUGGAGCAUUUGUUCAGCCAAGAAAGCUGGGCGCCUCAAGGGGAGGCUGGGCCCCAAGUGUUUACCUACUUAAGUGUGUUCUGAGGCUUCAGGUAAAUGUCUGUGAUUUUCAUUUUCCUUACAUGAUUGCGUUUGCUCUUUUUUUUUUUUUUUUUUUUUUGAAAAUUAAAUGCAAAAACUUUUUUUUUUUCAUGUUGUGAUAUCAAUUAAGUUUGUGACAAGAAAGGCCCUAAAUCUAAGGACGUGAGACGUUGAGCUCAGGGAAGGAGCCUCCUUUUCACUGAGGCUUGGGGCCUUCUGAGAUGCUUCCAGAGCUUUCUGUGGUGAGGUUGCUACACUUGGGCAGCACGUCCAUGUCCUGGCUCUUGUCACUGUCUGUUGGAACUCAGACAUGGAGUUCUUGUGUUUGUCGACUUGUUUAGCUGGUUUGAGUUUACCAAAGAGUGACUUAUCCAAAAUUGUCUUUGACAAAAAUAUACAUUGCUUUGAUUGUACAGUUCAGGUUCAAACAUUGUAAUGGGACUGUUAAAGGGCAGAAACCAAUUUGAGUUUUAAAUGAUCAUGAUUCCGUGUUUUACAAAUUGCGCUUGCUCCCAUUCGUGUUGCUAACACUUUACCCUCUCCACUGCUAGCAGUGUUAAGAAUGAAUUCUCAAGCCAUAACACAGUACUGUAAAGUUCACAGGGCUUUGAGGGGGGCAGCGCCCAGGCCAGCACAGUGCUGCAUAGCCUGUCUGCACAGUCACCCUAGGUGCCCACCGGUGGGCAUGGCUACCAAGGGCCCACUAUGCAGACAGCGCAGCAGCGGUUAAUUGUGCCUAGCUACAUGAGGAUGUGCCAGGAGAGACAGCAUGGCCACCUUGCAGGCCUCUCUCCCCGAAGCUCACUGUGCAACUCCUUGUGGACAGCAAACCUGUCCCUGUACAGUUGUAGGUUAGGUCUCUCACUAUAGCCGAUGCACAAGUCCACUAAGAUAAACAAUAUGUGAAGACAUCUUUUGCAGUGAAGUAUGUCCUGCUUUCAUCCAGGCCUGUGCGUGAUUGAGUCUCUUCUCAGCUACCUUUCCAUGUUAGACAAUGUGAAGACGGCCACAGCGCCCUUCCCUGCGACAUUACCCCAUUGCACAAACUGUGAAGGUGUUUUAUACUUUUGCUAACACUUGUGGUUUUCAAUCUUUGUUUGUUCUCAUCAGUACUCUGCCCUCUUGUUUCUACUAAAGCUGUAAAUACAUUCAGAAACCAUUUGUAAAUACAGUUACAAAGAUGCAUUCAUCUUCCUGGUCAGUGGAAAAGCCUCCCAGUCAAUUGGCUCUGCCUUGGCAGUUUUUUGUUGUUGGUGGAUUUCUCUCUCUCUCUCU